AGAAUAGAAUAGAAUAGAAUAGAAUAGAAUAGAAUAGACAUGAUUCUGCCCUUGUGUCCUUGAUUUUCUCUAGUCUUGAGAGGUAGGAUCAUGACAGACCCAUAUUUUGUGUGCAAGCACAUGGCCUUUUAUUUGGGCCAUGUGCUUGUGUUGUCUCGUUACUUAACCCCGUUCCCUUGUUCUCCAUUAUUGUUUCAUCUGUGUCACCUGCUGUCAUCAUCAGUUUCUCCACAUGAAUCCCCUUGUGUUCGCUGUCCUGUGCCGGUUCAUUAUCUUACCUUUAUCAUUCCUUGUGAGUAUCCUGUCAAGUGUAUUGUCUAGAGAAAGUUCUGAUUCAGUAUUUGCUGUUUGUUUAUUGUCUAGUUAUCUGUCAAGUCUUAGUCUAUUUAGUCACUCCUUGUCCUGUCCAUGUUUUGCCCCCUCGUGGGUUUUGUUUUUGCAUCCUGUCUGCGCUUGGGUUCAUCUCUGUAAUUUAUAACAAGAAUAGAAUAGAAUAGAAUAGAAUAGAAUAGAUGGAAGUCAAGUUUUUCCCCAUGACCACAGCACCAUGGUUUAUACAAUAUCUCCACAAUAUUUUUUGGUUCUCCAUAGGUAGGUUACCCAUGCAAACCUUUUUUGUUUACAAAGGAUUGUCCUGAGAGGUGAAAAGGACACGCUGGGUUGCUUCCUUUGCGAUAAUGCGGUUAACAGCUAGCUCUACUUGGCACAGUUCAGAACGGAUGGCUCAGCUAAUCGGCAGGGCUGUGCACAGCAGGACUGGGCCAAAUCCACUGGCAGAGUGUUAUUCCUUUUCCUUUCUCACCAUGAUGUGAAAUUUGUUCAUUCACUAAAUAAUUCUGUAGUAGACUAUCUUUAAAAAAACGGUCAUGUCAAAUUUGCAUUUGGAGACUUUUCAGGUUAAACUGAUCCAUUUCCUCCAAGAGGAUUAGUCUCAGGCAGAUUAUCUUGACUCCCUCUCUUAAUGCUAAAGCUAGGGAGCAUAUGGGGUUUGGCUAACCACCUGUCUACCUACUGAGGGGACAUCAGACGGACAUUCACAGCCCAGGGAUAGAGGAAGAAGACUGCAAUGAUUGGGCUGGGUGUCUAUCUUCCAGAUGGUUUUAGGGUUGCUUCACUAGAAGAUAUAGAGAAUUGGGAAUCAGAGAGGGAAAUGUAUGAGCCGGAUGUGCGACUCUUUGUGGCUCUGUUCUCAUACAACCCUGCGGUGAUGUCACCAAACCCUGAAACAAUGGAGGAGGAACUGCCUUUUCAACAAGGACAGAUCAUUAAAGUACAUGGAGAUAAAGACGCUGAUGGCUUCUAUAGCGGGGAGACUGGCGGUCGCUUUGGUUUUGUGCCGAGCAACAUGGUAUCUGAGAUUCCUGUGGAAGACGGAGAGCUUAAAUGUCACCUGCUCCAGCAGGGGUUUUUACCUGAGGAGACGCCUUCUAUAGCACCCAGUGAUACUUCUAGUGUGGCAGAUGGUGGGAAGGUCCACAGGAUGGUGGCCAUUUUUGAUUAUGACCCAUGGGAAAGUUCUCCAAACUUGGACAUUGAGGAUGAGCUUCCCUUUCGUGCUGGAGACAUUAUAUAUGUUUUUGGGGAAAUGGACAGUGAUGGAUUUUAUUAUGGGGAUCUACAUGGUUAUCGAGGUCUUGUGCCAUCAAACUUCUUGCAACCACUGCCUUGGGAUUAAA